UUUGUUUACAAACGUGAAGUCCGUGCUAGCGCUGUGCUAGCCUUGUUCCAUUACAUGAUUAAUAAUUUAUUAAUAAAUGAAUGCAUUUUAUUUUCAUAAAUAACAGCGAACAUAAGUUAAAAUCCACCUCUUUUUAGUCGCCCUGCGCUCAAACUGUGGGGAGUUUGUUUGGCGCUGUUAUAGACUCUGAAAUGGAGAGCUAACGUUAGCUGUAGCUUUAGCCUCAGGCUUGGUCUGACUGAUCUGCUGGGUUCUGGUUAAACUGUGGGUUCUGCUGCUCUCUGAGCGCGUGAGGAUGUACUCCAUCGUGGAGAUAAAAGGCCUCAAGGAUGGAUAUCGCUGUGGCUACUGUGGAAACGGGUGGGGAAAAGUUUCCUACGGUAUGUGGUCCCAUGCGAUGACAGUGCAGGACUACCAGGAUCUGAUUGACCGAGGAUGGAGAAGAAGUGGCAAAUAUGUUUACAAGCCUGUCAUGAACAAGACCUGCUGUCCACAGUACACCAUCAGAUGCCAUGCCUUGGACUUUCAGCCUUCAAAAACACAUAAGAAGAUCUUGAAGAAGGUGAAGAAGUUCCUCUCUAAAGGGGAGCUGCCUGUGGGUCAGUGUGACGGUGGGUGUGAUGGUGUGUUCGAAGAGAUCAGAGGCUUCCUAGAGCCUCUUACUUCCUCUCUUCAGCGGACAGUAGCUAUAGCUGCUGGAAUAUCCCAGUCUUUUUUCUCAGGUGAGCCGAUGGACUCAGCAUUUGAAUUGGGAGGAGGCGUGCCUCCAGUAGAUCCUGUGAAAAUGCAGCAGUCUCAGGUGGAGCGUCCCAUCAUCCCCAGCGGCCCUGAGGGAGACGGGGACGCCAAACCCGCAUCACCAGAAACAUCAAGAGAAGAACCAGCGUCUUCUCCAGCAGUGAAGAGCCCACGACUUGCGCCAAAACCAGGUGUGGGAGCAGACCCCAGCAGGCCUCCGUGUCGAAAAGCGAAGGAUCUGCGGAAAGAACGGCGGCUUCAAAAAGAGCAGCAGAGGCGCCAGGACGGAGGCACCUUGACGAGUCCAAACCCGACUCCUUCGAACCCAGCGUCCAGUCAGCCCAAAACCGUGGAAGAAUUCAUUGCAGACUCGCUACCCGAUGACGCCGUCCAUCGUCUAGAGGUGAGGCUAGUGCGCUCUUCGCCCCCCAGUCCGCAGUUCAAAGCUUCUUUCGACGCUUCUUACCAAGUGUACAAACUCUACCAGAUGGCCAUUCACCAUGACCCGCCUGACAAGCCUAGCGAGAGCCAGUUUAAGAGGUUCCUCUGUGACUCGCCGCUAGAGGCAGAGACGUCACCUGAUGGCCCUGAUGUAGGAUACGGCUCCUUCCACCAGCAGUACUGGCUGGACGGCCGCAUAGUUGCUGUGGGGGUCAUCGACAUCCUGCCCAGCUGCGUCUCCUCAGUCUACCUCUACUACCACCCGGACUUCGCCUCGCUCUCACUGGGCUCCUACUCUGCUCUCAGGGAAAUCGCCUUCACCAGGCAGUUGCAGAAGCAGUCGCCCAAACUGUCCUACUACUACCUGGGCUUUUACAUCCACUCCUGCCCCAAGAUGCGCUAUAAGGGUCAGUACAAGCCUUCAGACCUGCUGUGCCCAGAGACCUACGUGUGGAUGCCCAUUGAGAGAUGCAUCCCUCGCCUUGAGACCUCCGCUUACGCCCGCCUCAAUGAAGACGGCCGAGCAGGUGAUGCCCGUGCCCUUAAAGACUUGGGCAGGACUCUGGUGCUGCACAGGAGGACGGUCAUGCCCUAUGCUGCCUACGCCCGGAAACGCAAAGGCCCCAGCGAUGAGAGGGAGGUGGAGCAAUACGCCAGCCUGGUGGGCCAGACAUGUGCGGAGAGGAUCCUGCUCUACCGGGCCUGAAGCACUGCAUCGUCCAGCUCCGCACCUUCCUGCACUCUGUCCUCCAGGAAUAAUCAUCACUCUGCCUGCUUUUCUGCCUUUUUCUUCCACACAAUGCCGUUUGUCUUCCUCCGUCUCUGCGUCCGUCCCUUCAGGUUUCCCCUCAGCGUGUUGUGUUUUCUCUCUGCAUGUCUGUUAGAGCUUCAUUUCUUGUUCAGUAUGUAGCCACUUUGAGUAUAUACGCAAUAGGCUUCUUACAGAACUGUGCAAGAGUCCUAGGCCAGCUGAGAAGAUGAUGUGUAAAGCUGUUUAUCUGAGCAGUAAUUAUUUGGUGAGGAAUAAAUUCAAGUGAACAAGCAAUACGUUUGUAUAGCUUAACCAUUGCCAAAGCUCUUCUUAAGGAAGUCCAGUAUUUACAGUUACCACCCAGUAAUCGGUCCUUCACCAGACGUGAUUUAUUUGGACAACAAAAAUGAAAUAGAGGUGUGUAUAAGAUAAAGUAUCUUGCACACUGAACGUGAUUUUUCAGACGGCGACAAUGCGAUAUUAUUUUAUUUGCUCGCUUUCUGCGAACUUUCCCAGGCGACGUGAUCUCUCUGACCAUCUCUGUAGUUGGCAUGGCAACAACGAAGCUGACGGAUCGGAUGAGUCCCAGCAUUAACAACUUUUCGAUAGAUACUGCUUUGUUACUGACAGUGUUAGCAUCUCCAAAAGCAGCUCACACUGCGCUACACACAUCCCAGUUAUAUGUGGAAGAGCUCAAAGAUUCAGCUGCUGAAUAAAACGAUGAAACUCUCCACACUGCUCACUCCUCCCAAAUGGAAGGUGGCCCAUUCAGUGUUUGCCUGUUUUGUGAGGAACAAUGGAUUUAUUUUUGCCUGUUUGUUCCUUUUUCUCAGGGCAAACAACACAGUUAAUUUAAAAAACGUGUCGCAUCUGAAUUUUUCACUUAGGUCGUUUAUGUGCGGCGCCUGUACUCACAUAUUUGUGAUGCGGCGGUUAAAAUGAAAUUUCCUGGACGAAGCCAACAUUUAAGACAAAGUCCUGAUCAACAUCUAAGACUUCACAGCUCAUUUUAACAGUAAUAAAAAGGAGAAAUAGUGAUUAAAAAUGCUGUUUGUCCCCAAAGCAUUCCAGAAAGCUUCUUACUCUGAGAAUACUGCAGCAACAUUCUGGCGCCUCUGAGUCAAAAACACACACAAAAAUGAUAAAUAAAAACAGUUUAUAAAAAGUAAGCUAAUCACAAUGAUUACAGUAUGUAGGCUACUGAAUGAGCCAUGAAAUGAAUCCAGUAUCCUUGACACUGUUUGGUAGUACAACGCAAUGACCUUCAUAAACUCUUUGUGAACUCUCUGUGAAUCUUUUCAUCAUUUCAUAAACAGCGUACAGACGGCGAGGCGUGGCACGCAGGGGCUUUACUUUCUGUUUCUGUUGUUUUGCUAUGUUCUGCAUGUUCUGCUGAGGUCAUUUGUUUGGGUGCCUAAGACUUUUGCACUGCUCUGUAUAUACAGUUGUAUUCAGUUGGAUUUUCCAAAGUGUAAAUAAGUUAAAACAUCCACUACAGAGACACACUUCUGCACAUUUAAAUGCACGGUUACUGAAUUUAACACAGUGGGGGAAAAUAAAACAUGCACUGCCAAAAAACGAUAUUUUAGCAAGUAAAAACAUCUUAAAAGUAGUUAAUAUACCUAAUAUUUCUCAUUACAGGAUCAGUGUGGAAAGAUUGUGAUUGUUUAACCCGUUCCUGUAUAUUUUUACUUGUUUUAAAUAAUUACAUCUAGUGAAAGUGUCUUAUUCCAUUAGCUGAUCAUUUUACUUGUUUUGAGAAUUAAUGAAAAUAAUUUAGCUGAUUUUAAAAGUAGUGCUUAAAAUGAGUCAAAUGAUCUGCGAAAGAAAUUUAAAACAAGUUGAAAAUAUCUAGAAAUAAGUUAAAUAAUCCUAUAAUGCACAUAAAGCAAUCUCUUAAUGAGAUAUAUUAGACAUAUUUACUAGAUUUAAGAUGUUUUCACUCACUAAGAUCAUUUUUUUGCAGUGUAAAAUGUGAACUGUGCAAAAUUUCAUGUUACGCUUUUUUCCCAAUAUGUUAAACUCAGCAAAUAAAUAGAAACUGUGCAAUAGUUUGAGGAUGUCUUAACUCACUUCGAAAAUCAGCAACACUUGUGCAUACGGCUGUGCAUACAAAGCUUAUAUCCCACCUGCUCAUGAGAUGCGGCUGCUCUGUCUAAUGUCCCUCACCGUCCGUGCUCACAAUAUUGCUGCCCACACUGACACAGUUUACAGCCAUGUAAUCGCACUGAUGCUAAUACAGACUGAAAAGUCUCUCUAUGUAGUAAAAGUGAUGUGUCGUAGAGCAGCGGAACCGUUUUUGUUGCACACUUCUGACACCAGUUUCACACGUACCUUGCUGGAUAUAUGAGGCCUCAGAGAUGGUUUUUAAGCUAAUUUCUCUCUGACGCAUCAGUAAAGACAGUGGUUCUAUAUACAACCCUGAACACUCAAAGAACGUUUUACAUGCUUAAAUGUUUUUUUGCAUGGUGAAAUGGUUCUUUAGGUUGAUGGAGAAUGUGUUAUAUGGUUCUGUAUAAAACCUUUUUGAAAAUGGUUCUACAUAGCAGCAAAAUGGGUUCUGCUAUUGUAUACAAGCUUGAGAUUGUAACAACAGCAGAACCCUUUUUGGUGCUAUAUGGAACCAUAUACAAGACAUACUCCAACAAUCAGAAGCACGAUUUCACCAUGCAAAAGAACGCUUUGCACGCUUAAAUGGUUCUUUGCAUGGUGAAAUUGUUCUUGAGGUU